AUGCAGGAACCUCGUAUAUUCUACGAUCAUGUCUCAAAGCACCUUCAGGAGGUGUCACUUGCUAUCCUUCCUCGAGCGGUCGAUGACCCAGGGGAAGAGGAGGCAAGUGAUAGCGAUGACGACCAGCAACAACCCGAGCCAACCAGUGUCGGCGCUGCCUCUAUGCUGGAAGGCUUCUGGGAUCCUGCUCUUGAUGAUUCCUUCUACUUCCCCAUCGACGGAGAAUUCCUCUCAACUCAAGAAUGUAUCUCAGUUUGGAACACGAUUCGAGUCUUGUGCGAGGCUGUGGUCCUUGGACGGCACAUUGCGCAUCAAUACAUGCUCGUCGGCGAACAGCCUUACAGAACAUCGGCUAACUCAGGCUUUUACGUGUAUGGCAGAGCCAGAACCGAUUACGAGAGUAUUCGGUUGGAGAAUAUUGGUCAUGAGCUCCGUACUUUCGUUGGGAAGCAUUUCCAAGGAAUUCUUCCAGCAUCAGUUCUGAUGCCCCUUGACCAGACCUCCAUGUCCAUGUACACAUGCACGUGGCCUACCGUCACAAAGUCACAACUACUCGAGGUCACAGAGGAAGCACCAUCAGGCAUACUCGAACCUUCCAGCGAUGAUCAUAGGCAGCAAUUCAUCGAUCAGAAGCUCAUCUCCGCAACCAAGGAGGACCUUCAUGACCUCGCGCGCUACUUUCUGCAGGACGAGACACCUCGAGCGAAUCCAAACGCUGCGGACAUCCAUGGCAUGACAGCCUUGCAUUAUGCGGCUCAGUCAGAGGGGCAUACUUUAGGCUUCAUCAAGCUUCUCUUGGCACAUGGUUCGGAAAUUGAUGCUCGAUGUCAUCUCAACUACCCUUUCUUCCGUCGUGAUGGCGACGAGCAGCCUGUUCCAUGCGCGGUCUCAGGCCAUACCCCUCUGUUCCUGGCGCUCCACUAUCGGCGGACCGCCGCAAUGGAAGAACUCCUGCUUCAUGGUGCGAGUAUGCAGGCGGCACUCGUCGAGGCCGUGACGGCAAAGGAUGCCUCAACGGUCGGCUUGCUGUUCCGUCUACGAGGAGUGAAUAAAUGGACGCUUGGGGCUUCAUUCACGCUCACCGAACAGUACCGUUACAAGGGAAAGCGCAUAUCCCUCACUCCCCUCGAAUUAAGUGCCGCCCUUGGUGAUGGAGUUACCGCGGGAGUCAUUCAAAAAGCCUUGCUGGCAUCGCAUGGCCACGACCGGGGAAAUGAUCUGGUUGCCUCCUCUUUUGGAACCGCGCUGAACCUAGCUGAUAUCGACAUGGCGUCUAUUCUUUCCGGGUUCUUCGAUGCAUGGAAGCCUUGGGCGACGCGGAGCGACAAGCAGGGAAAUAACCCACUGGCACUUCUUCUCAAAAUGAUCCUCGCCUCAGACGAGGAAAUCGUUGAGUCAAACCAGGCAAAACUCCAGGCCAUUGCCAGCAAUCUCGUGCGUAGUGUAGCAGCAGACGAGAGGGAUUGGCUCGUAUUUAAGAACAGCAGCGGCGAGUCAGUUGUUAGCAUCUUUGUCAACAAUGUAGCCGAACUGGGGUUUCUUGAAUCACAACUUUCCGAGGCCUCGCUUGGCCGUCACCUACAAGCAACGAAACCGCGAUUGCUAAAGAUGAAAAGGGGGCACCAUCGAGAUGCAACACAGAAGGGCCAUGUGAGGUUCACACUCGGAGGCGACGAAAGUGAGGAUGCUGGUCAGAAUGAUGAGUGA